UCCUUAGGUCAAUAUUUAUGUGUCCUGGAUGUAGAGAGGCCCCUGGACUCACCACUGUCCCGACUAAACUCUCCCUGUCCCGCCUUCCCCACCGCCCGCCCCACUGGCCAGUCCCCACGCCCACACACCCGAGGCCGCCUCAUCUGGCACUGAUUAUCCCGGCUGCUGCCGCCGCUAAACUCAGCUGCCGCCUCGAGGACCCCAGCGCCUCUCCCCCCCGGCCAUGCUGCCUGCUGCCACAGCCUCCCUCUUGGGGGUCCUCACUGCCUGGGCCCUGCUACCUUCCGCCCAGGGCCAGACCCCCAACUAUACCAGACCCGUGUUCCUGUGUGGAGGGGAUGUGACCGGGGAGUCAGGUUACGUGGCAAGUGAGGGUUUCCCCAACCUCUACCCGCCCAAUAAGGAGUGCAUCUGGACAAUAACGGUCCCUGAGGGCCAGACUGUGUCCCUUUCCUUCCGCGUCUUCGACUUGGAGCAGCACUCGGCCUGCCGUUAUGAUGCCCUGGAGGUCUUUGUCGGGUCUGGAACCUCGGGCCAGCGGCUUGGACGCUUCUGCGGGACCUUCCGGCCUGCGCCCUUGGUCGCCCCCGGCAACCAGGUGACCCUAAGAAUGACGGCGGACGAGGGCACGGGAGGACGAGGCUUCCUGCUCUGGUACAGCGGGAGGGCCACCUCAGGCACUGAGCACCAAUUUUGCGGGGGGCGGCUGGAGAAGGCCCAGGGAACCCUGACCACGCCCAACUGGCCCGAGUCCGAUUACCCCCCGGGCAUCAGCUGUUCCUGGCACAUCAUCGCGCCCCCGGACCAGGUGAUCUCGCUGACCUUCGGGAAGUUUGACCUGGAGCCCGACACCUACUGCCGCUACGACUCGGUCAGCGUGUUCAACGGAGCCGUGAGCGAUGACGCUAAAAGGCUGGGGAAGUUCUGCGGCGACACGGCCCCGGGUCCCAUCUCCUCCGAAGGGAACGAGCUCCUCGUCCAGUUCGUCUCCGACCUCAGUGUCACGGCGGACGGCUUCUCCGCCUCCUACAAGACCCUGCCGCGAGGUGCUGAAGGGCAGGCCCGGAGCCAGGGGGAGGAUGCCCGGCCAGGUACCGCGCUCCCCAAGCCGGGACUCCCGUCUGCGGAAAAACCGAAGGCCUCCUCUGAGGCCCAGGCAACUCCGGGGGCCCCCAACGUGCCCGCUGUGUCCUGCCCAAAGCAAUGCCGCCGGACAGGCACCUUGCAGAACAACUUCUGUUCCAGCAGCCUGGUGGUGACCGCAACAGUGAAGUCCAUGGUUCGGGGCCCAGGAGAGGGCCUCACUGUCACUGUCAGUCUCAUUGGUGCUUAUAAAACUGGAGGCCUGGACCUGCCCUCUCCACUCACUGACACCCCCCUGAAGUUUUAUGUGCCCUGCAAGCAGUGCCCCCCCAUGAAGAAAGGAGCCAGUUAUCUGAUGAUGGGCCAGGUGGAAGAGAACAGAGGGCCUGUCCUUCCUGCAGAGAGCUUUGUGGUUCUCUACCGGUCCAACCAGGACCAGAUCCUCACCAACCUCAGCAAGAGGAAGUGCCCCUCCCAGCCUGUCCGGGCUGCUGGGUCCCAGGCCUGACACCCCCGCGGCGGCGGCAGCGGCCUUCCCAGCCCAGAGCCCUAGAGACUCCUUUCUGAUCCAAAUAAAUGUUUCUUGACUGAGGAAGGGGUCACAUCUCCAUUUCUAUGGUCUGGGGGAGGGGGCCCAUCUAGGAGAUUUCAUUCAUUCGUUAAACUCAGCAGAUGUUUGGUAUACAGAGCAAUCUUUUAAGAAUGUAAGACCUUGUCACCCCUUUGCUCAAAACUCUCCCUUAUUCUCCACACACACACACACACACACACAC